GGGUUGGCUGUGAGCCGAGGCGCCGCUGAGGGAGGCCUAUUUGCCGGGGUUGGCCUGAAAUGGACAGCCGGAUUCCUUAUGAUGACUACCCAGUAGUUUUCCUGCCUGCCUAUGAGAAUCCUCCAGCAUGGAUUCCUCCUCAUGAGAGAGUGUACCACCCAGACUACAAUAAUGAGUUGACCCAGUUUCUGCCCCGAAUUGUCACACUGAAGAAGCCUCCUGGUGCUCAGUUGGGAUUUAACAUCCGAGGAGGGAAGGCCUCCCAGCUAGGCAUCUUCAUCUCCAAGGUGAUUCCAGACUCUGAUGCACAUCGAGCAGGACUUCAAGAAGGGGACCAAGUUCUAGCCGUGAAUGAUGUGGAUUUCCAAGAUAUUGAGCACAGCAAAGCUGUUGAAAUCCUGAAGACAGCCCGAGAAAUCAGCAUGCGUGUGCGCUUCUUUCCCUACAAUUAUCAUCGUCAGAAAGAGAGGACUGUGCACUAGAGACUUGCAGCCCACAGCCCUCCAUGUGGAAUCUGCCAGGGCAAGCUGGCUAGCGCUCCGAGAAGCCAGUCAUGACAUCCUACUCUCGGCACCUUCCUGGCUUAGUGGAAGGGGAGGAUGGGGAGACAGCUUACCAGCUGUACUAUAUAUAAGCUGUACUGUACUGCAAGUUCCCUAGUUUGCUAGGUGAGUUUCAUUCUGGAAAAGGAGAAAGAUAAUGAGGUCUAGGAGUCAGUAGCCUGUAGGGAAAGGCAGCUAGAAAACAACUGGCAUUUAUCAGGUACCAUGGAUUGGUCACUUAUACAGAUUAUCAUUUUAUUCAUAGAAAUCAGUAGAAAAAAGAAUCUUGGGGACCUUCCAUCUGAUUUGCCUGGCCAUGCCAUCCAGUCCUUGUACAUAUACUUUGGAGUCCUUUACACUUGGGGGGUGCCAAGGAGACACUGUUUUUGCCACUUGCUCCUUAUCUUCCCGAAAGUAAAAAUGGAAUACUGAAUAAAUGUGGCUUGAGUGAUACUGUUUAGAUAUAAAAUGCCAUUGAGAAAAAAUACAACAACCAAACACUGGAAGAAACAGCAGCGUCAUACCUACUGUACAACUAUCUAUAUCUGGCCAGAAUACUUGGGAGGUUAAAAAACACUAGCCAUAGAUAACCAAGGGAUGCCUAGGGUCAAGGGCCCUCAGUAAAACUGCCCCUUCCUCAGGAGUGUUAAGACUUUCUCCUGCAGAGGAUUGCAUUAAUAUACUCUUUCCCACGUUGUCUGAUCAGGAUCUUAAACCAAAGAAGUGGCAUAGAAGUCCCCCCCACCCCCGAAGAAGGUUCUGCUGCAAUGAAAACCCAAAACUAGACUUAAAACUAAUCCUGGGGAGAGCCAUCAGGAUUACUCUCAGGAUUGAAAGGAUGCCUUCUUCCAAGCCUGACAAUCUGAGUUUGCUCUCCAGGACCCACCUGGUGGAAGGAGAGAAGUCGUCUGUUGUCUUUCACCUGCAGGC